CACGCCAGGCUCCGCCCCGUCGCAGCCGCUGUCCGCACGCCGGUGCUGAUCCACGUAGAGGCCUCUCGUUGCCCCGGUGCGCUUCCGCGGCCGGAGCGAAGAUAGAAGCGCCGAAAGCUCGCAGCCUGGUAGCAGGGCCAGGGCGGCGCCGAGUCCGGCCGAGUCCGGCCCGCGAUGCCUCUCGAAGCCGGCACACUCGCCGCCUCCGUGAAGCAGCCAGGCCCCGGGGCCGCCGAGCUCUGAGGCCGCGCUCGUGCCAUGGCCACAAGGGGAGGAGGACCGGGCCCCGGCUUCCGGCACCGCGCGCUCCGCGGGCUGCUGCUGCUCUGCCUCUGGCUGCCCGGCGGCCGGCCCGGGGAGCCCGCCGCUCCGCCGUCCGGAGUGGAUAGGCUGCUUCAAGACUUUCGCCGGCAGCUACAGCGGGCACGGCCUCGCGAGGAGCUGGAGCCGGAGCUGCUGGGCGGCCCGCGGGAGGAUUGCCCGGGUGCGGGCGCUACGGCGGUCUACCGGGCGGUGCCCGAUACCAUCAUCCGCACCCAGGAUUCCAUCGCGGCGGGGGCCAGCUUCCUGCGCGCACCCGGGAGCGUGCGGGGUUGGCGGCAGUGCGUGGCGGCCUGCUGCUCCGAGCCGAGCUGCUCGGUGGCAGUGGUGCAGCUGCCCCGGGGGCCCAGCGUGCCCGCUCCUAUGCCCGCGCCCCGCUGCUACCUGUUCAACUGCACGGCACGCGGCCGCAGCGUCUGCAAGUUCGCGCCGCUCCGCGGGUACCGCACUUACACCCUCAGUCGCGCCGAGGACGCCGCCGGGAUCCCUCCCAGGCCAGAUGAGGACAAGCCUCCUGUAAGCAAGGCUGGGAAGGAUGUGGUUUUACAUCUGCCCACAGACGGGGUAGUUCUAGAUGGUCGAGAAAGCACGGACGACCACGCCAUUGUCCUUUAUGAGUGGACGCUGCAGCAGGGUGACCCAUCGUCAGUGGACAUGAAGGUGCCUCAGCCAGGAACCCUGAGGCUGUCCCGCCUGAAGGAAGGAGCUUACAUCUUCCAGCUGACUGUGACUGACUCCGUGGGUCAGAGAAGCUCAGAUAACGUCUCUGUGACUGUGCUUCCCAGGCCCUACUCCACGGGAGGAUGCUCCAGUGCCUGCUCGCGCUACCAUUUCUUCUGUGACAGUGGCUGCUGUAUUGACAUCGCCUUGGCUUGUGAUGGCGUGAGGCAGUGUCCUGACGGGUCUGAUGAAGACUUCUGUCAAAACUUGGCUCUUGACCGCAAGUUGGUGACACACACAGUGGCUACUUCUGCCCAGCCAGGAGCCACGGGAUUAAAUGAAGGUGAAGGAGACCCCAAGUUGGAAAAAUCCCAGAGAGCCACUACCCACAACCAGCCAGCUACUGUAUCCCACCCAGAGACGAGGAUCCACUCCACCCAGAAGGCGCCAGAGGGUCAGAUUAAUCCUGUCCAGCCAGGCCAUUUGAGAGAACCUCUUCAAAGCUUACUGGGACUUCAGUCUGAAAAUGAACAAAGGGAACAAGAAAAUCGCUUAGUGCACCCGGCCCCGGAAGCAGGUGCGGUGCUACCUCUGGCAUUAGGUCUGGCCAUCACUGUUUUGUUGCUUCUCAUGGUGACAUGCCGACUCCGACUGGUGAAGCAGAAACUUAAGAAAGCCCGUCCCAUUACAUCUGAGGAGUCUGACUACCUCAUCAAUGGGAUGUAUCUGUAACAAAGUUCCUGAAGCAGCUCGGGGCAAGGAUGGCUAUCCCUCACAAUCUGUUCUUUGGGUUCUAUCAUUAAGAUGUUUUGUUUUAAACUGUGCUAGAAGACAGUGCAAACACAAGCCUUGACUUAUCAUGAAAUCAUUUCCCUGGGAUGUACGAUGUCUUCAAAGGUAGAGAGGAAUUCAUAAGACUGAAGCUUGUUUGCUGAGACAGAAAGUCAGCAUGUGACGAGGUGACAGAUGGAAGUCCUGCCUUUUAUUUGUGAGGUGCCAACUGCUGGCCCCUAUCAGCUUUCUUAUCUUCUGGCUCUCUUCUCUCCACUGAGUUCUCAUGAGCUCUACUUUCUUUUCCUCUGCCAAAUACCUCUGAAAAAGGAUGUUAAAUGAAUUUGCCCUCAGUGAGAUGUUACCAAUGGCAGGUCUGUCUGGAUGUUAUAAGCAUUCUGAAUAGAUCAGUGAUGUCCCACAGGGGAGGAAUAUAGGUUCUCCACCCGGCCCCACCCUAUGCUUCUGACCAGGCCAUGGUGGUAGCUGCCACACCUGGCUGACCUUAGAAGAAUCCCUUUUGGCUAGGGGCAACUGUAGGUGGUUAUGAAAUGAGAGCAAGCUGGCAGCAGAGGAGAGGGGGCUGGCAGGCAAAAGCAAAUAGAACCCCAGCCAUGGGAUACGUAAGGACAAUCUACUCAAUGCUGCUUCAUGGAAUGGAGCGGUGUGGCUGCUUUACAAGUGCACUGGUUCUCAACAUGAGCCUUUCUGAUGAAAAAACGUGCGAAUUAUCAAUCCAAA